GCCUUCUUGGACAGAUUUAGUUUCCUUUAAUGCUGAGUUGAAUAGUUGGAUUAUCUGAUGAAAUUGCAUUCGUAGGGAGUUGUUGAUGAAGGCCUGUUUUGCCUUUGUGUACGACACAAACUCUGUUAUGUAUCAGAGGCUCAAAUCUGUAAAAUGCAGCUUGGAUAUCAACACUUUUCACUGGAAAACAUGCUAUGUUUGACCAGAAGGCUUCUGUCUGCUGUGGUCUCGUUCCUCACACAGCAGGUGUGCUAGCAUGGUGUCACUUGCUAGCAUCUGAGAUUUAAAAAAGAAAUAUAAAUGAAAAGAUGCUGAUUUUCACGCUGCCACCAGAUUUCCUGCAUUGUUGCCUGCAUUAAUCACCUGCAGGUUCACUGGGUGCAUUUCUAGUUAGCAGUGUAGUUUUACUGCAAAGCUUUAAUGGAGAGGAGCUUGCACUGCAGAGGGUGCCUGUUAGUUUGUGUCCCUGCAAGUUAUGAAAUGGAUUUCUUUUAAGACUUUAAAGUGUUUGUUUUUUUUUUUUUUUAUGGAGCCCCCUCUCUCUGAAGACUGACCUUAAUAAGUAAUCACAAGAUAUUGUUACAUUGAACCACUAGAUAUGCUUUGCACCACAUGUGGUAUGCUCUGUACCUGAGCAGCUUAUCUUUUAUCACGUAGCAAUGCCUUCAAAUGCAUACUUAGACUUAAAAUGAUGUCAGCCUCUCUAUCCCACCAUCACUUCUGUGAGGGAGGCUUUCUUUUAGCCAGCACAGUUUUACCAGUGGCUGCUGUGAUAAGUGGGACUGUGCAGCUGAGAUGUCCAUCACGAGGGAGGUUGCUCUGAUGGGAGAUAUUGCUGUUAGCUGUGUUGUUUUUGCCAAAUGUAGGACUUGCUGGGUUGGAGUUGGUUUUGCUUCUUGGGUAUAACGGGUAGAAGCAUGGAUAGCUGCCUGCCAGCUGACACAGAAUCACUUGUCCAACAGGUGGAACACCUCUUCGUGUGUAGAGUAGUUAAUGGCUAAACAAGCUUUGUGGCGGGAGGAGGAAGAAUUUAGUGUGGAACAAGGGAUUGAAAUGGGAGUAAUGAAAUUGAGAAUAUCAGGAAAAACCUUCAUGUCCAAAUGCGUAACAGAAUGUGCACCACAGCCUGGGGAAAUGUCCUCCAGCAGCGAUAGCGGCAGCAGCAGCAGCAGCUGCAGUAGCAGUAGCAUCAACAGCCCUGACAGAGCGAGCGGCCCAGAACCCAGCCUGAACCCCGCAGUGACGGGAUCCAGCCCUGUCUCCUCUCAGCCCUUCCAUGAGCAGUCUGCACUAAGUCAAGGUCCUUACUUCCACAUCAACCAGAUCCUGAAGGAGGCCCACUUCCACAGCUUACAGAGCCGCGGACGCCCUCCUACAUGAUGAACCAGCAGUUCCUUGCCUUCUGUGAAGGGACAGCACUGUGUAGAUUGGAUAUUUCAACUUAGUUUGUUAAAAUGAAAUUGCACAAAACGCCUGUUGCCUUUUCAGUCUAUAUUUGAAAUGAAAUAACAGGUUAACAGGAAAUUGUUUACUUGUGGUCUGCUGCACUAUUGCAAUGCAAAAGGGGCUUUGAAGCAAUUUUUAUAGGAUUCUUUUUGGGGUGGUUUUAAAGUACGUGUCAAAAGGAGACUGAGGAAUCCACAUCUGUGAUAUAGGAUUGCAUAACGUCCAAUUCCAGUGGACUGCCUAAUCUGUUAGCGAUUUGUUGCUCUGUGUAAAAUUCUUUCCAGCGUUCAUCUUCAGUUUUAUAAGUCUUUUUUUUUUUUUAUUUCAAUAAACCAGUAAAAAAUGUAUUUGGGAAAAUAAUUUUUUGAGCAUUUAGAGGUAAUAAGACAGUAAAUGCUGUCCCAGGAGUGCUGUAGGACUGCUGUAGCUGUAAGCUCUCCACCAGGUUUGGGCUGUGAUGAGCCCUGCCUGCUUUAUCUUUACUGUUGCAGUAUUGAAAAUAAAUUGUGAAACUAGAACCAGGAAAGCUUAGGCAGCUGUAGCCAAAAUACCAGAUGCCUGCUGGUUUCAUUUAGUGAGCAGACACGUGGUAUCUGCUGAGGAAAGCAUAGAGUAGCCUGGGGAGGAGCUUUUGAAGGAAAGAGGAAUCUUACAUUGCUCUAAUUCCAAUUUCUAGCUGUGAAAUGUUUUGUCUUCUGUUACAUCGUGUAGUUUGAUUUCUUUAACUUGACUUUUAAAGUUAACAACUCUGAAGGAAUAGGAAGUAAAAGAGUAGCUAGAGCUCUGGUUCAGCAGCCAGAGUGCAAGGACUGUCCUGACCUGUUCCUGGUUUAAGUGGCAUGCUACCACCUGGCUGAGGAGGGGAAGUGCUGCUCUUCUGACAACACCUGUGGAGGUGUCCCCAGUCCCUGCUGCAGGGGGAGCUUUGCAGUGAAGACAAAUGCAGAGAGGAACUCUUUUAUUGAAUCACUUGGUCAUGCCAGAAAGCCAUCCCAGCUUGAAGAGAGAAGAUGCAGCUGUGUCUUCCUCCUCAGUUACAAGUUGCCUGAACAAGGAGCCAGGGCGCAAGGCCUCGUCUUCUGCUCUUGUGAACGCAGGAGGUGGAACCUGUUUUUAAGUACAAGAGAGUCAGGAAUGAGGACAGCACACCUUUGACCAAACCCUCAUCUACAGUAGCUGCAAGGGGGUACAGACUACAGCAGAAGAGCUGUUUCCAGACAACCAAACUGGCUUUGCAAGGACAAGCAGUGAAAGGUUGUUCUGAGAGGUGGAUGCACAGCUUCUUCGUGUUAGCAACUACACAGGAGUCAUUCAGUGCUCAAACACAGUAAUCUGCAGUAAGGAAAAGACUGUUGCUCAGAACAGUGGUGCAACAACAGUAGAAGCACAGCUGUGGCUUUUUGUAGAGAGCUGCUCUUGAGUAAUUGCCAACUUUAACCUCCCUAGAACUGUUCUGAUAAAAGGAACAAGUGAUUCUGCAGAGUGGAGUGAAUGCAGAAUGUCCAUGUACUCCAUAGCCAUGGCUGGGGAGUGGUGGAAGCAAGACAAACAUCAUUGCACACUUCUACACGCUACUACAGCUGAGGUGGAAGAGGUAAAGAAUACACUUACUGUUAAGCUUUGGGCUUUUUAAAUAACCCUGAUACUGUAUCUGUUUUUUAGUACUUCUAAAUCAUAAGAGAACAAGGACUGCAGUGUAAGUGCCAGCAGCUCGAGUACCACUCUGCUUUGAUAAAGCCAGGUCUUUAUUCCUCCAUCCUGGCUGCAGAAACAUCAAUUUGAUUAUUAGAUUAUCAAUGGCUAAAGAAAAUGGAUCACUGCUUCCUGUAGCAGUAAGGUACCCCUUGGCUCUUUCCAUCCUCAGCACAGGGAGCUCCACCUAAGCAAAUGCUUUAAACUGGAGGAAACGUGGCAGCAUAACGUUUAUCUGCCAGUAAAACAGCAACAAGACGAGGCAGAGCCUUUGCAAGAGAAGCAAGCCACUCGGUUCACACAGGCUGAAAUACCCAGGCCAGCUUCAUCAGGAGUUAAAGGUCAGCAUCGCACUGGAAGGGAGUUGAAAUAAUUAGAUAAUAUCCUUUAACAUUUCCUGCAGCCAUACUUAAAUGAAACCCUUUUAUGCAUUGAUCUCAAAACACCUCAUCUGUGCAGAUCUUCACUGCAUUUUCAUGACGGAUGUUGCUAAUUUUUCACCACACAGAAAGCUGGCCCCAAAAAUAUCCAGGGGCCAUCGGGUUUCUUUGGAGGGUUGAGGGGAAAUCCAACCCAUCUCAUGCUGUGUUGCCGUAAUGGUUCUCUCAUUUUACAGAAAAUAAAAAUCAGGUUAAAUAUUAA